UUCCUUUGGAAAUUGGAUGUGGACAUGAAGUUCUAAAUUUUGUUAUAUUUAACUAUUAUUUUACUGUUGUUAAGUAUAUUUCACGAUGUUGAACCUUAUAAAAUAACAUUAGAAGUGUAACUAGUGAGUUAGACGUUCUGUGGAUGAAUUAAACAUAAGUUUUUUUUUCUUCUGAAAUAUAGCGGGAAAUCUCCGCUGUGACGCGCACAAACGUUGAUAAUUUACGGAGUCGACUGCUGAGGUGUCGUGAUAGGUUGUUAUGUGAUUAUCUUCACUCUGACAGUGGAACCGUGUUGUAUAUUUAGAAUUGACAAUGUCAGACGAAAUGGCGGUGGGUGAUAACGCUAUAAGCGAUGAGAAUAAAGUAAACAGGGACGAAACGGUGGCGGAGGAUGUUGAAGGUGCUGGUGAGGCUACUCCUCAGACCGUGGAUGAGCCCCUGAUAGACAAAGAAGAGGCAGUGGCCUCAGUUGAGGAUAAACCUGAAAAAGAUAGUUUAGAAGAUAAUGAUAAAUUAAAUACUGAAAUAAAAGAAGAAACUGAAGACAUGUCACCGGAAGUAGAUGAACAGGAUGAAGAGACUCGCGGGACCAAACGUCGUGCGUCUAUCGCAUUCAGUGAGGCAGGGGAUGAAGAGUUUAAAGGAUUCGAAGAGUCCAAUGAGGCAGAUUUGUCUAAAGAAUAUAGCCGUGUUUUGGAACGCUUAGAAGCAGAAGUACAAACAGCUAUUAAAGAUUUGAAGCCGAUCAAGAGUUUGAAAGCUACAAUAUCUCCAAUCAAAGCAAGUAAAAGACCUCGACAGGAUACAGAUGGAUCAAGACCAUCAUCAGCUCUAUCAACAAGGUCAGAUGGUGAAUGGUCUGAGUGCUCGCCCUCAACACGACUUACAAUAACUAUUGGAACUGGUGUUCGGGCAGGCGCUUCCCCUGGUAUGCGCGGACGUCGAUCAACAACAGAGAUGUCAUCUCCACUCCUACGAGUGCCUUUAGAGCGUGGCUGGAGACGAGAGCUGGUGUAUCGCGCAGCAUUAGACGCACAUUCUAGAAGGAAUGCUGAUAUCUAUUAUUAUACACCGCAAGGCAAGAAACUACGGUCUAGUAGGGAGGUUGGAGAAAAUUUGGCGGGUACAGGGUUGACAUUAGAAAAUUUCUCAUUCUUCAAAGAGCCGCUUGGUGUUGAUGAUCCAGAAAAGGAAAUAAUAAGAGAUGCUAAGUUAAUGCGUCGUGUGGAGUCCCCGGUGCCGGUGGCGCAGCCCGCGCUUGAGGGCAAACGCACUCCCAAGCCGAAGCCCCCGAAAGGUGCCAGCCCCGAACCCACUACACCCAAAUCACCACCUGCUAAACUAAAGGUGAAAUCAUUGGGUUCUCGGAUAAGCAACAAUGGUACUCCACCAGUGGCAAGUGCACCAAAACAGAGCCGUCGCUUGCAGGCAGCAGUGGCAGCCACCGCAACCACAGCAACAGCACCAACUGCUGCCACCACAGCAACAGCCACCGCAACAGCUGCAACAUUACCAGCUGCAGAUAAUAAUAACACUGCUGCAUGGAAGAAACCAAGGGCGGCGGCCGCGACACAGCCACCGCAACCGCCGCCGCAACCGCAACCGCAACCGCAACCGCAACCGCACACCGCGCCGCAACCGCACACCGCACCGCAACCGCCGCAACCUCCGCCGCCGCUGCAGAGCCGGCCGCAGCAACCUCGCACUGAUGCUGUUGUUGUAGAGCAGAAUGUGCGUCGCGUAGUUCAGCCGUGCUCGAUGGCGUGUGGUCGUGGUGCUGUGCCGUCGCUAGCGUGCGCCGCCUGUCUCUGUCUGUACCACCCUGCAUGUGCAGGACUGCCACAUGGACAACCAUCACCCACUAACUUUCUAUGCAAGAACUGCAGAAAAUCAACUUCUCCACCAUUAGAGCCUCCGCCAUUGACACAUAAGUCAGGUGCAACUGUCACCCCCUCUAUAGUACCGGAGGGUGGGGCAGUGGGUGUGGCGGCAAGACGCCCCCCUGCUAACAUACCCAGUCCCUUACCAGUACCUGCUAAAGUACGACCUGAUAAACGAGUACUGUUACGUAUGAAGGUAGCGGGUGGUAAAGAGGAUGGUACCAGGGUAUGGGCGGUAGCAGCGCCUACCUCUAGCGGUACUGGUACCCCGCCGCCGGGCGUCAGACCGACACUACCUCAGUCACUAGCCGUGCUCAAUGGAAGACGAUUUAUUGUAGUACCCCGUUCUCUAGUACAGACAGACCCACAUGAGAAGGCGGGUCGAGGCCGGGUAGCGAAUGGUGCGUCAUCACCGCUUGCAUCACCACGACGUCGCGGCAGACCCAGAGCUGAUGAUGUUGAUCAUUUUACAGCAUUUUGUACGAGAGCACAACAAGCUAAUUAUAAUGUUGCUGUACAGAUAUUCCAGUACUUAGGUAUGAGGGACUUGGCGCAUAGCGCGCGUGUCUGCAAGCUGUGGCAACAGUUGGCUUCAACGCCAGCGCUCUGGAGACACGUCAGGAUGAAAAAUUCACAUGUGAGUGAUUGGUGCGGACUUUGCGCGGCUCUGAAACGUCAUGGCACCAAAUGGUUGGACUUGCGCAAGAUGCUGCUGCCACAGAAUGACACCAUCUUCUGGGACCAGUUCGCUGAACAUAUUGGCACAGUUGAUACAUUGGAGAGAUUGGAGAUGUGCCGGUGUCCAGCGCGUGCGGUGGAGGCUGCGAUGGCGCGUAUACCAUCACUGCGAGCUCUCGCCGCGCCAGCAAUACGCGACGCACGCCUCGAUCCCGCACCACUUGCAGCACUGCCCCGCCUCGAACUGCUGCGUCUUAAGUCACUGGCGGGACUCGCACUAGCCUCAGAUCUGCGCCCGCUCGCCGCACUCACCAGAUUACAGCAUCUAUCACUUACAUCUAUCAAGGAGUUGGGUUGGUGCGCAUGUGAAGUGGUGGGUCAGCUGGAGCAGUUAGAAUCAUUGGAGCUGGGCGAAUGUUCGUUCGGGGCGGCGUUCGCGACGGCGCUCGCUCGACUGUCGCGCCUGCGCCGGCUGCGACUGGAGCGCGGUGUAGCGCACUGUGCAGCGCCAGCUUUACUUCGAGCUCUGGCGACGUUACCACGCCUCACCAGGCUAGAACUGGUUAAUUUUGAUGUUAAGGUUGGCUUCGAUGACGCGUUGGCGGAGUGCAAAAAUAUACAGAGACUACUUAUAAUACCAACAUAUGUAUCACAAUCCGCUACCACUAAUAAACAGGUGCUUAGCGGAGUACUGCGGCUGAAGGAGACAUUGACACAUCUAAUGUGGGGCGUUACUAUAGAACUGCUGAGAGUCACCGAACUAUUCAUAGACCAGUGUGAACAGGGCGGAGACAAGCGGCGCGAUGUCGGAGAAUGUAUUCCAGUACUGAAACCAGUACCCGGAUGCCGGCUUCCAGAUGAUGCGGACCACGUAGCUGGACCACCGCAGGUGGAGAUUCUACCAUUGCCGACACUGCAGCGGCUGCUGUCGGCGCAGAUGCCAAACACCAAGCUGAAACUCCUGCGCAUCCCUUUCCACGCCACCUGGCGGCAGUCACUGGCAGACUUUCAGUAGCAUCGCCGCCGCCGCCGCGGACACACGUCUUUAAGCUGUGACGCGGCGUCAUCUGGGAAGUUGCAAGUUAUACAAUGCACAUGUUGUUUUUUUAUUUUAAGUCUUUAUAAAAUAUAAUAUAUUUGAAAAUUUUUGACUGUGACAUAUUUCUCGUUGACUAAAGACGAGAAAACAUCCCUAAUGUCUGACUAUUCAGUCAGCGAUGAUAAAAUAUUAAGGUUUACAGAUUUAAAUGUGUUUUUACUUGCAUGAUGAAGU